ACUUUGCCAUUGACGUUUUAUUUGUUCAUGUGUUUCCUGUUAAUUUUUGGCGAUAGUUCUUAAAUUUCAACAAAACAUCGCGAAAUUUAAGUCUAAAAACUUGUAAAUAUUAAUCGGGAUGCAAAACAGUGCAAUGGUUAAGCUUAACACCGUUUACUAUAAUAUCAUCAACGUGUCGUAGCUUUUUCCUUAGCGCUACCGUGAUAAAAGGCGAACAGCUGAUUUCACUAGUUGCUCUGUGCUCAGGUGCCUACGUGACUCAUGAACAUGUGCCAAUGGUGGACAAACUUCAAAAGCCAACAAUAACAACAACAAUACGUGCGAAAUAACACCAAAAACAAAAGAAAACACAGCGAGGGUAAACAAAAAUGCAACACCAAGCCCAAGCAAAGAAAUAUUAACGGCGAACGCAAAUCAAUUACUGCGGCGGUGCAGAGCAAACCAGACGUAUAUUUUGGGCAAAAGUGUUGAAACAAGUUUGUGUAUAAAAAUGACGUUAUAAUAUUUAUAAUAUAAUAAAACAUUACAGUUAUUAAAGUUGUGAGAAGCAGCAGUCAACAGAAGAGUAUUUAGACAACUUUAAUAAAUUUUCACUAAUUGAGUAAUACAAAUUGUUUAAUAUAAUAAUUGUGUACUAGUGUCAAUGGUCAAAAAAUAAAGAGAUUGUGUAAAGUUUAAUGACAUAAAGUGAGCUUAUUUAACAAAAUAAAAUAGAAUUAAUCUCGUGAUUUGCCACAAACCAAAGCAACAACACUAAUCUAAGGCAACAACAAAACCCAAACACCAAGCACAAUGUUGGAUAUAAUCCCGCCAGUCAACAUGGACUUAACACUUAAAGAAGCUGCCACUAACGCCACGACCAACAAUGAAAUCGUUGUGGUGCGCGCCAAGCCGAAGAAAGUCUUCAAGCCCAAAGCGCGCAUCAAUCGCAUUCCACAGUCACUGCUCGAUGAUCCAGUGCUGCAGAAGGCCAUCGAUCGUCUGCCAUCCAAUUACAACUUUGAGCUGCACAAAACCAUCUGGCGCAUACGUGAUAUGAAAGCUAAGCGCGUAGCAUUGCAACUACCCGAGGGACUGCUUAUGUAUUCAAUGAUUAUUGCUGAUAUAAUUGAACGUUUCACCGAUGCCGACACCGUCAUCAUGGGUGACGUCACUUAUGGCGCCUGUUGUGUGGACGAUUACACCGCCAAGGCUUUGGGUGCUGAUUUAUUGGUGCAUUAUGGACAUAGCUGUCUCAUACCGGUCGAUCAGACCAGUGACAUUAAAGUGCUAUAUGUCUUUGUGGAUAUUAAAAUUGAUCCAUUACAUUUCAUCGAUUCCGUUAAAAUGAAUUUCAAACCGACUGAUGGCCAAAUUGCGCUCGUGAGUACAAUACAAUUUGUGACAACGCUACAAGCGGCUUCCGCCGAACUUAAAGCAGCUGGCUAUGAUGUGAUUGUGCCACAAGCGAAACCCUUAAGUCCCGGAGAAAUAUUGGGUUGCACAUCGCCUGAAUUGCCUGCCACCGCUAAGGUGCUGAUUUAUCUCGGCGAUGGUCGUUUCCAUUUGGAAUCGUCUAUGAUAGCGAAUCCUACUUUGAAAGCAUAUAAAUAUGACCCUUACGAUAAAAAAUUCACCAUUGAGGAAUAUGAUCAUCGCGCUAUGCAGUCAAUACGUUAUCGCGAAAUAGAACGUGCACAGUCUGCCAAGAAGAUUGGCAUUAUUGUCGGUACUUUGGGCAGACAAGGCAGUAGUCGUGUGCAUAAAUUUCUCGAAAAGCGUUUGCAUGCCAAAGGUUAUGCUACAACAACAAUUUUGUUAUCUGAGAUAUUUCCACAAAAGUUGGCGCUAUUUGCCGGCAUUGAUGCAUUUGUGCAAAUUGCGUGUCCACGCUUAUCCAUAGAUUGGGGCACCGCCUUUGCCAAACCAUUACUGAAUCCAUAUGAACUGUCGGUUGUGUUAGGUGAUGUCGAGUUUACGCCACAUAACGUAGCACCGAAAAACAAUGCAUAUCCAAUGGACUUCUAUGCGACCGGCAGUCUGGGUCCAUGGACACCUAAUUUUAAACCACCAGCUGUGGGUGAGUGUGAUAACAACCCGUCUGAGGCGUGUUGUGGCCGCUGUGUGCGUGCGGAAUUGGAAAAGGACAACAACGAUGCAGCACGUGCAGCCACGAUAGAAGACAUAUUGGACUUUAAGAAAGGAUAAACGUAGAUUUUCUUCAAAUAUAGUAAUUAAAUCAACUGGUUUACCCAGCUUUAGAUUUAGUUAGUUUCACGGAGUGUUAUAUUAAGCGCAAGUGUUUGUUAUUUGCAUAAAUUGGAAAAAGAAAAGAUCAACAAUGACUUAUCGAAUGCCUUUAAAAUAAGAAAUAAAUUAUAUUAUAAAAGUUAGCAUACAAAUCCUUUUGUAAAGGCUUUUAUUU